CGUCCAUAUAACAGCCUGCGCCCUGGCCGCCCUUCUCCAUACCGCCCCGCCGCCCCCUCCCCCUCCUCGCCGCAGCGACCACUUGCCCACCCACCAUGAACGCCUUCGCCCAGUACUCCCCGCUGUUUACCUCGGGGCUGCUCACCGGGACGCCUGCCGCCUCGCCCUCCACGUCGCGCUCACCAUCCAUGAAGCGGCGCCGCGGGAAGGCUGUUGACAGCCUGCCGUGCACCGUCAACACCGUCAGCUUCCACGCAGCUAUGCGUUCGUCGGCCGACCCGAGUGCCAUGUUUCUCACCCUCGUACCACACCGCCAGCGGGAGGACGAGGACCGCUCUUUCCUAUCCCUUGAUCUCGCCGAAAGCCAGUCCAUGCGCUCCAUGAGCCUUCGAAGGAAGGACACAGUCACCUCGCGCGGGUCGCUCACAUUCAGGAGAUCAGAGGCCAGUUCACGCAUGGGUCGCACACAUAAACCCACUUUCAGCUUUUCCCCAUUCGUACCACCCAAGCCGCCUGCGAACAGAAUACGCAAGUCGUCUCGGGAGUCUCUUCUCCCCUCUCCUAAGCCUGCACCAUCCAGUUCACUCCCCGAACCUCCCUUGUCUGCUCCUGCCGCUCACCAAGGACGUCGCGCCUCCACCCUCACCGUCUCGACCACCUUCUCUACCGAUGCUUCCUUCUCCGCCUACCCCUGGUCGCCCAUGCACCGCGCCUCGCACUCUGCACCCUCCCUCCUUUCGCCAACCUCCCCUUCCCGCAAAUCCUCCAUGAUCCUCCCGCACGAGUCCUCCGACAGCUCCUACUUGAUGUUCUCGCCGACCUCGCCGACCUCUCCCGCCGUCCCCCGGCGCGCCGCCCCCGCCGUCCUCACGCGCAACCAGUCCUUCCGCUCUGUCGCCUCGUUCAACACGCGCACGCGCAACCGCUCAGCCGCGCUCGCCGUGCUCGAGGGGCGCACCCGCCACGGGGUGACGCGCGGGGGCAACUUCAUGUGGAUGAGCGAUGACGAGGAGGAGGACGCGGAGGAGCAGGAGCGCGCGCGCUCGCAGGGGCUGGAACAGGCCGUGCGCGACGUGAACAACCCGCUGCUCCAGGUCCUCCACGAAGAGGAGGACGUCGUCAUCCCACAUGCCUCCGCCGCGCCGUCCCCGCGCACAUCCGCCCCUGUGCACACGUACCAGCACCGGGACGCGUACACACCAUCACCGCCCCCGCCGACGACGAGGGGACGGUCCGAUACGCGCUCGAGGUCGAACUCGACGCCGCCGAAGUUGAGCAGGCGGGGCACGCUCGAGUCGCUGCUGUCGCCGCUGGCGAACUUCAUCGAUUUCCGGGAGGACGACAGGUCGACGCGAAGCUGGAGGAGCUUCGUGGAGUUUUCGUCGUAGGUGUGACGGGUGUGAGCUGCUCCCCGACCCUCUUAAUUUCCGGUGCGCAUUUGCUCGCAAGAUGCGGUGUCUCGAUGUGAAGCGUAGGCCUCUCCCUAGACGCAUAUAAUGAUCGACGCCCUCCUUAUUUCGCCUCUCUCGAUUCAACGCUCGUCAUCACCACAUCUCAGCUCUGUACAUCAUUGCCCGCCUCCUUCGUUCC